GAAGGCAAAUGUUCCCCCAGCUGUUUCCUGUCUACAGUGCCUGUGUUUUGUAGAUAAAUGUGAGGAUUUUCUCUAAAUCCCUCUUCUGUUUGCUAAAUCUCACUGUCACUGCUAAAUUCAGAGCAGAUAGAGCCUGCGCAAUGGAAUAAAGUCCUCAAAAUUGAAAUGUGACAUUGCUCUCAACAUCUUCCAUCUCUCUGGAUUCUUUUUUGCUUCAUUAUUCCUGCUAACCAAUUCAUUUCCAGACUUUGUACUUCAGAAGCAAUGAGAAAAAUCAGCAGUCUUCCAACCCAAUUAUUUAAGUGCUGCUUUUGUGAUUUCUUGAAGGUGAAGACGCACACCAUGUCCUCCUCGCAUCUCCUCUACCUGGCGCUGUGUCUGCUCACCUUCACCAGCUCGGCCACAGCCGGACCCGAGACGCUCUGCGGGGCUGAGCUGGUGGACGCUCUUCAGUUCGUGUGUGGAGACAGGGGCUUUUAUUUCAACAAGCCCACAGGGUAUGGCUCCAGCAGUCGGAGGGCACCUCAGACGGGCAUCGUGGACGAAUGCUGCUUCCGGAGCUGUGACCUGAGGAGGCUGGAGAUGUACUGUGCACCCCUCAAGCCUGCCAAGUCGGCCCGCUCUGUCCGUGCCCAACGCCACACCGACGUGCCCAAGACUCAGAAGUAUCAGCCCCCACCUACCAACAAGAACUCGAAGUCUCAGAGGAGAAGGAAAGGUGGGCCAAAGAAACACCCAGGAGGGGAACAGCAGGAGGGGACAGAAGCCAGUCAGCAGAUCAGAGGAAAGAAGAAAGAGCAGAGGAGGGAGAUUGGAAGUAGAAAAGCUGAACGUGGAGGCAAGGAAGGAAAAUGGAGGACAGGAGGCCUAAGCAGACAGAGGCAAGGACGAUGAGAGAGGAGAGACAGCAAGAAAGAAAAGCAGGAGGUGAAGAAAUGUGGGCCCGCCGGAGCUAGUGAUGGCGUGGUGGAAAUAGAAGCACCCCGCUUUAGAAUGUGGAUCAGAGGCAUGGAGAAAAUGAAAAAGAAAACGUAAUGCCCAAGAAAGCCCAAAAAAGACAGUGGCAAGAAUGAAAAAAAAUAUUAUAACAGAGGCAAAUAAGUUACGUGCUUCCCUUCCCCCCAAACACAAAUUAAAUAAAAGAAUUUAGAUAAAAA